AUGGGACUGAGGAUCAGUGGGGUGAUGAGGACGCCGACUCAGCAAGCAGUUCUUGGAGUACAAAACUAUAUGGAACUACAAGUAGAGAAUGAGCUACAAGCAUACGGUCAUUUCUUCAUCAAAAACACCAUGACACCUUAUGAGCUACAGGUGAUGUUAGUAUCCAGCACUUCUGCGUGUGAUGGAAAGUGUGUCCUCUUCCGGCCAAUGUGGUUUCUCCCAUUGACCGCUAUGUCACUGCAGGACUCUGGAAUUAUUAUAGGGGUCGGUGAAAGGAAUCCCAGUGCCAAGUCGGGGGCAAGCUAUACGACACACCUGGAAGUGGCGGUUGGCCGCGGCUUCCGGAGUUCUCUAGGAAAGCGAAGAGUUCCCUUUACGCCCGCUGGAAGUUCUCUAUGUGAACUGCAAAACACCUACAGAGAUACAGCAAAGUGGAUAAGCGAUGUCACCCUAGGACAGGAAGGGUGUUAUUGGCAUGAUCACCAGGUGAUUAAGGAAAACAAUGCAGAGAGUGUCCUGAUGGCGUUACAGAAACUCCAGCCUUUUGGUACCCCCGAAAUCUACAUCUCCAGCCGUACAGACUCAGGAGUCCAUGCACUCUGCAAUUCUGCUCAUGUGGACAUCGAGAGACGUCCAGGAAAUCAACCAUUCUCAGAGGCCAUUCUGGUGAAGGCUUUAAACUACCAUCUAAAGCCAGAGUAUAUAAAAGUCCUGAAGGCGAUCCGUGUAAACAAUGACUUUCAUGCACGGCAUGAUGUUCUGUCCCGCACGUAUGUGUAUCGCCUAGUGACCGGAUACAGAUAUUCAGAUUUACCAGUGUUCGAGCGGAACUUGUGUUGGGCUGCAACUGAGAACCUUGAUGUGGCGAAGAUUCAGGAAGCUGCACAGAUUAUGGUUGGAACUCAUGAUUUCAGUGCCUUUAGAUCAUUAAACUCAGAGACACCUUUUAAGUCUCCUAUCAAGACAUUAGAGCAGGCAGAUUUUACUGCUUCUUCCAGUCUCCUUCCAAUUCACAGCCAUAGCAGUGAUGUCCAGUUUUGGAAUGUUACCUUCAAAAGUAGAUCCUUUAUCUAUAAACAGGUGCGAAGAAUGACUAGUGCUUUAGUUGCAGUGGGACUUGGCCUUCUCACACCAGAACAAAUUAGAUUUCAUCUGGAGACUGGUGAACAAAUGGCCUUCUCAAGAAAUGUAAUAGCUCCACCUGAUGGAUUGUUUUUAAAAGAAGUCAAAUACGCAGACACAAAUUUAAACAUGGACAAGGCUCCCAGUUAAGAAGAUGGACUUUGGGAAG